AUGUGUAGGUGGGUGGUUGAAGUGGUCAAUGGUCGUCUCAAACGCGACUUCAAACUGUUUCGCCAAGAAUUUUUUAAUAAAUCUGCUAAGCAUUUAAUGAUCGAUUUUCGGAACGGCUGUGCCUUAACAAAUAAAUUGCACCCACUUAUUGAAGACAUACCAGAAGCAGCAGAAUAUUUGGCAAUUGCGAUGCGAGUGAAUCGUAGUGCUGCUGCUCCUCGAACUGUCAUUUACCUGGACGAAACUUACAUCCAUGCUUCGUACGGUGUGACCAAAUGCUGGAAAAGUGAAGAUGAAGAAGGAGUUCUAUCUUCCGAUGCAAAGGGAGCUCUCUGGAUAACAAUGCAUGCUGGAGGG